CCUAAACCUAACACACAACUCAGCUGACACGAGUUACUCUCAUAUAUUUAUAUAUUUUCUGUACGUUGUAAAUACAUGUGUAGUAUAUUUAUACAUUAAAGCUUAUCAAUAAUAAUAAAAAAAAAUAGAUUGUUUUAAAUUUUUCCAGUUAUGAUGACUGCUCGUUCUUGUUAUUUAAUGAAUUUAUUUAAAAAUAAAUAUUUAUGUACUGCAAUUAAAAAUAGUAGACACUGUAGUACUCAAGAAGUUAAAGUAAAAGAAGUCAAACAAAGUAUUCUUCAAAAUUGGGGAAAAUACUGGAAAAAUCUUUAUCAAGAUUACAAAGAUGUGGCGAUUGACCUUAAGAAAGAUUGUAAAGAACGACCAAUACGUGCUCUAUUUUAUUUUUCAUUGAUUGGCAGCGGUUACUAUUUUUAUCGUGUUAACCCAGAUGAAAUAUCGUUCAGAGAAGCACUGAUGGAAAACACAGCGCGUUUGAUGUUCGUAGCUGAAAGAAUGCGUAACCCAGUGUCUGCUGAACAUGUGUCACAUAUGAAAGAAUGUUUAAAUGAACAGAUUGUCAGGAGAUUAAGUUUAGGCGUAGUGUCAUUUAUUUGGCUGGACAAUUACUCUGAUUUAUGUAAGCAAUAUAAAGUUACUUGCACGUAUUUGAAGCCAAGACUUGUUGAUUUCCAUCACCGGAUUGCUGAUGUCGGUUUUCUCGGCAAGUGGUGGAUAUUAGAAAAUAAAAUGCAAGAUUAUGAUAUUAAUAAUAAUGAAAUUUAGUAUAAAAUAUAGUAAAUUUGUUUUAUUUUUUUAUUAUAUUGCAAAUUUAGUUUUAAAAUCUACAGUAGUUUUAAUAUAAUUCUAAAAUAAAAGUUAUAAAAUUAUUAAUUCAUAUCAUUAAUAAAAAUAUUAAUGGUAA